AUGAUACCAUCAAGGCCUCUUUUCCAGGGCUGGAAGUUCACGCCCGAACUUGCAGAGAAAAUCAAACACUACGCACGAUUCCCCGCCACCGGAGUCUCUCUCCGACAAAUGGUGCAGUUCGGAAGCAAACCCAGUGCCGGCACUCUGUUCAGAGCGUCCCAGUUCAUUUCCGAAGAGCUGCCCAUUCGACUCGCCCACCGAGUGCGGGAUCUCGAAGACCUGCCAGACGGACUCUCGGAGCAACCUAGCAUUCUGCGGGUGCGAAACUGGUAUGCCCAGAGUUUCGACGAGCUCACGUCGCUGAAGCAGCCCAAAAUCAGCAAGGAGCUGAAGACCCUGCUUUACAGCGGAGGUAACAACAACAACGGCAACAGCAAUGGCAACGGAGCCAGCACAACCAACAACGGCAACAGCAAUACCCGGUCAUUCCACAUGUCGAGCACGCGGCAGACCCUACUCCCUGAAAACACAACUAAUCCUUCGCUGGACGAAUACCACUUCAAGUCGACCCCCACGCAAAAAACAGUCAACCGACGAAGAUACUACGCCAACGUGUCGCCCGAAGUGUCCUCAUGGCCACCGGAGGUCUACGAGUUUAACAAAACCAUCACAGCUACUCUGCAGAAGAUCAAGCAGCGGCAUGACCCUGUCGUGACCACGGUCGCUCAGGGUAUCACCGAGUGGAAGCAGGUGUACAAGAAGUCUGCUGCUUCCUUGUCCAUACAAUCCUUCCUGGACCGUUUCUACAUGUCUCGUAUUGGUAUUCGAAUGCUCAUCGGCCAGCAUAUUGCUCUCAACUUACACGCCAAGCAGGAGGAUUACGUCGGAAUCAUUUGCACAAAGACUAACGUUCGAGAAGUUGUUCAGGACGCCAUCGCCAACGCUAGAUUCAUCUGCGAGGACUGGUACGGACUGUUCGAGGCGCCCAAGGUAGAGAUUGUCUGCCAGCCCGACAUCAACUUCAUGUACGUUCCCGGUCAUCUGUCGCAUAUGCUUUUCGAGACGCUCAAGAACUCUCUUCGAGCCGUUGUCGAGACUCAUGGAGUCGAUGCCGACUACUACCCUCCCGUCAAGGUGAUUGUGGCUGAGGGUCAUGAGGAUAUCACUAUCAAGAUCUCCGAUGAGGGAGGAGGAAUCCCCCGGUCCGCCAUUCCUCUCAUCUGGACUUAUCUGUACACCACAGUCGAAGCCACUCCCAGCCUGGAGCCCGACUUCAACAAGUCUGACUUUAAGGCCCCCAUGGCUGGUUUCGGAUACGGUCUCCCUAUUUCGCGGCUGUAUGCCCGAUACUUUGGAGGCGAUCUGAAGCUCAUUUCCAUGGAGGGAUACGGUACAGAUGUUUAUCUGCAUCUCAAUAGAUUGUCGUCUUCUUCUGAGCCUCUGCAGUAA